CAGGAUGCUGAUGUCACAGUGGCCACUGUGACCCGUGAGGCCAAGGGCACAAAACGGGACUCUGGGCUCAGGCCCAGUGUCAGUGUUACCUGACAACGAGAGGAGAAGGAAGAGGAGGGACAGCCCUUCUUUUGCAAACGCCUCUCGCUUCUUUUGCACAGAGAGUGUAGGAGCACCUGGAGGAGACCUCAGUGUUCCUCAACCAGACGAUAGAAAGAGACGGCAGAGAGAGACCGGGCUCACACAGGGCUGACCAGCGAGUCAGGGGGCUCUACGCCUCAGGGCUCUGGCCCUGUGUUGAAAACUCGUCUCACUUCUGCCUCAGUACCAGUGGAGGAGCACCUGGAGGAGACCUUGGUGUUCCUCAACCAGACAACAGGAAGAGACAGCAGAGAGAGACCGGGCUCACACAGGGCUGACCAGCGAGUCAGGGGGCUCUACGCCUCAGGGCUCUGGCCCUGUGUUGAAAACUCGUCUCACUUCUGCCUCAGAACUAGUGUAGGAGCACCUGGAGGUGCUCCAAGGACAGACACCCACCGCUGACAGUCACCAUGUCAGACAGGGAGGAGGAGGCCCCCAGAGGGAGGGAGCCAGCAUGCCUGCUGUGUCAGCGAUCAGAGGCUGACCCGGACAUCUGCGGGGAAAAACUCCAGAAACAUGGGAUCUGUGCCCACGUGUUCUGCCUGUAUUUUGCCAGCAUCCUUGAACAGCAAGAGAAUGAACGAGUAGGACUCCAGGGCUUUCUCCCAAGGGAUAUCCUACAUGCAGUCAACCGAGCAGCACAGACGAGCUGCUGCAUCUGUGGCCAGAGCGGGGCCACCAUCUCCUGCUGUGAAACAGAUUGUGACCUGAGCUUCCACCUGCCCUGUGCCAAGCAGGGACGCUGUGUCACCCAGUUCAUUCCACCGUACAGCUCCUACUGCCCGGCACACAGCCCAGAGCAGGCAGUGGAGGCGACUCCAGAGCCAGGCACCGAAUGCCUCAUCUGCAUGGAGCCUGUGGAGGACAGAAAGACAUUCAACACCAUGGUGUGCCCAGCCUGUAAAACCACCUGGUUCCACAGGGACUGCAUCCAAGGACAGGCUCUGCGCUCUGGAUUUUCCUCCUUCCAGUGCCCCAUCUGCAGAAACAGGCCGGCAUUUCUUGGGGAGAUGUUCACCAUGGGGAUCCGAAUCCCCUUCAGACCACCAACAUGGGAGGAGAAUGAUGCGUUCGCUGAGCUGUUAGACAGACACAGGCGCUGUGAUGCCAGUGAGUGCUUUUAUCCAAGAGGCAGGCAGGAGGCAGAGGAGGAGGGGCCCUGGGAACUGCUCCUGUGCUCCUCCUGUGCUGCGGAGGGCACCCACAGAUACUGCUCUAGUGUGCGGAACACCAUAUCCGGCUGGGAAUGUGACAACUGUGCUCGCCAGAGCAGCCGCAGACGCCGUGGCACGACAGUCUGCAUGGACAACUGUGAUUGUGACAGCUGUGCUGAGCACUUCACAUCCUCCAGUGAAUUCUCAAUCCUUGCUAGACUCAUGGAGGAGUCUCCUGCUGUGUCAGCAGAAGACGAGACCAUCAACCCCAGCACCAGCCAACAGGCAGCAUCAGAGCAGUCUCUGGAAUCUCCCUCAGAGGAGACAAGCAGCCCCAGCCUCUAUAGUCGGGUAACAUCAAGGCCAUCCCACAGCAACAUCGCAGAAACUGAGGACAGCAGCUGCUCUCGCAGUCGGAGGCCUGACCGCUGGCAAAACCGUACCCGCCGGCAAAGUCGGCCCCAAAAUCCACAUCGGUCCAGAAGUCCCCUGGACAGGAGCCAUGUGCCGGAACCAACUGCUGCGAGGUGCAGGCCCAGGGAGAGACAGUCAGGGACAUCCCGCAGACGAAGACACUCCCGCCGGCAAAGUCGUCCCCAAAAUCCACACCUUCGGUACCCAAGUCCCUAUGACAGGAGAUGUUCACCACAACUCCGGUCCCCGAGUCCCCAUGACAGGAUUUGUUUGCCACCACCACCGAGUCCUCGGAGGCGCAGCCACAGCGAGGAGGCAUCAGAGACAUCCAGCAACCGAAACCGCUCCCGCCAGCAACGUCGGCCCCAAAAUCCACACCUUCGGUCCAGAAGUCGACGUCACGGGAGCCAUGUGAGAACACCAAGGGCUGGGAGCUGCACCUCCACCCACGAAGCAUCAGAGACAUCCCGCAGCCGAAACCGCUCCCGCCAGCAACGUCGGCCGCAAAAUCCACGCCUUCGGUCCAGAAGUCGCCGUGACAGGAGCCAUGUCCCAACACCAAGUACUGGGAGGCGCAGGCCCAGCCAGGAAGAAUCAGGGACAUCCCGCAGGCGAAAUAGCUCCCGCCGCCAAAGUCGGACCUCAAAUACAUCUGGUCGGUCCAGAAGUCCCCUUGACAGGAACUGCACGCCAGCACCGAGUGCUGGCAGGCGAAACUCAAGGGAGACAGCAGUAAGGACUUCCCACAGACAACAGCACUCCCGCCAGCAGCGUCGGACCUCAGACUCAUCCAGCAGAUCCAGAAGUCGCCGUGACGGGAGGCGUGAUAGAGCACCCAGUGCUGGGAGCCCCACUCACCGCUCAGACGGUGAGACAGGGACUCCCCACUGAUGCGUUACAUGUCAGACAGGAAGGAGGAGGCCCCCAAAGGGAGGGAGCCAGCCUCCAAAGAUGACUUGGAGCUUGCUGGCCCCAGCAUGGCCUGACUGUCAGGACUGGAGCCUUCUGAUGUCUCCAGGGAACCCCAGACCACCAGCACCAACGCAGGCAUCCUCGUACUACCAGGGCUGUCUCCCAGUUCUGCACCACUGGACACCAUCAGCCCCAGCACCAGCGCCCAGGUGCCUGCCCCUGUCUCUUCAGCACCACAGACGAGCAACCACCGUACCAACCGACAGACAACAUGGGAGCAGUCUCUGCAAACUCCCUCACAGGAGACGAGCAGCUCCAGUCCUGACAGUCAAGUAACAUCGGGGUCAUCCCAGAGCACCUUCACAGAAAGUGAGGACAGCAGCAGCUCCAGCAGUCGGGGGCCUGACCGCCGGCAAAACCACCCCCGCCGGCAACAUUGGGCCCAAAAUCCACAUCUUCGGUCCAGAAGUCCCCUGGACAGGACCCAUGUGACAGCACCAAGUCCUGGGAGGUGCAGGCCCAGGCCGAGACCAUCAGGGACAUCCCGCAGGCGAAACCGCUCCCGCCUGCAACGUGAGACCCCAGAUCCAUCCGGCCGGUCCAGAAGUCCCCUUGACAGGAACUGCACACCAGCACCGAGUGCUGGCAGGCGAAACUCAAGGGAGACAGUAGCCAGGACAUCCCAAAGGCAACAGCACUCCCGCCAGCAGCGUCGGACCUCAAAUUCAUCCAGCGGAUCCAGAAGUUGCCUUGACAGGAGCCGUGUUAGAGCACCCAGUGCUGGGAGCUCCACUCACCAGUGGGACGGUGAGACAGGGACCCACCACUGACACGUCCCACAUCAGAAUGGAAGGAGGAGCCCCCCGAAGUGAGGUUACCAGCAUGCCUGCUGUGUCGGAGAUCAGAGGCUGACCGGGACAUCUGUGGGGAAAAUCACCAGAUAAAUGGGCUCUGUGCCCACGAGUUCUGCC